UUUGGAGGUAAUGAUAAAGAUGGCCAGACAAAAGGAAGAGGGAAGCUGAUAAAGAACCAGAUAAUCAUUGAUGAUGUCUCUUAUGUCAAGGGAUUGAAAUUCAACUUGCUGAGUGCUAGCCAAUUCUGUGACAAAGGCUACACAGUUGAAUUCUCCAAGGAAGGAUGUUCUGUCAAGCAUGAGACAACUAAAGAAGUGGUUCUAACAGCAACAAGAAAGAAAAACAUCUAUGUGGUUGAUUGGUCAACUGCAAAAGAUGGAAUUUGCCUGAUAACCAAAGGAGAUUCAAAACUCAGUUGGGAAUGGCACAAGAAACUGAGUCACUUGAAUUUCAAAACAAUCAACAAACUGGCAAGGGAUCACAUUGUUGAAGGUCUACCCAACCUUGUAUACAAAAAGGAGAAUCUAUGCAGUGCAUGUCAGAAAGGAAAACAAGUGAAGAAUUCCUUCAAACCCAUUGCUGGAAACCUAUCUACUGGUCCUCUGAAUCUAAUCCACAUGGAUUUAUUUGGACCAGUGGAAACUCCAAGUGUUGGUGGCAAGAGAUACACCUUAGUCAUGGUGGAUGACUACUCCAGAUUCACAUGGACUAUCUUUCUGACCAAGAAAAAUGAAACUUUGCAGAAACUGCCAUCUCUGCUAAAGCUAUUACAGAAUGAGCAGAAUCAGAAAAUCAAAGCCAUCAGAUCAGACAGAGGAACAGAGUUCGUCAACAAGGUCAUACAGGAUUUCUGUGACCAGAAUGGUACAAUGCAUCAACUCUCUGCAGCCAGAACUCCUCAACAGAAUGGAAUUGCAGAAAGAAGAAAUAGAACAUUAAAGGAAGCUGCAAGGACCAUGAUUGCUGAAUCAGGUCUACCCUACAGAUACUGGGCUGAAGCAAUCAAUACUGCAUGCUACACCCAGAACAGGAGCAUGAUUCACAAGACUCAUCAGAAAACUCCUUAUGAAUUAUGGAAAGGACGAAAACCCAACAUCAGCUACUUUCAUGCAUUUGGAUGCAAAUGCUAUAUACUCAACAAUGGGAAGGAUCACCUCAAGGUGUUUCAAGAAAAAGCUGAUGAAGGAACAUUCUUAGGCUACUUUGGCACCAGCAAAGCCUACAGAAUACUCAACAAGAGAACUUUACUUGUUGAAGAAUCGAUUCAUGUCAAGUUUGAUGAUCUCAACUCUGUUGAGAGCAUAACUGAAAACUUGGAGAAAGCGAAUCUCAAAGAAUCUCCAGAACUGGAUCCACCAGAGACGGAUACACCAGAGUUGCUGACUAACUCUGCCAUACCAAUGAAUCAUCAGAAUCCCAUCCUGCAAAGCAAGGAUAGUGAUGAAGAAUCAGAAGAAGAACAAGAGAAUCGAAGGCAACCCCUAUCAGAACCUGAUCUUACUUGGUUAAGAGAUCAUCCUCCUAAUCAAGUAAUUGGACAAAUCAGAAGUGGAGUUCAAACCAGAUCCACAUCAAGGAGAGAAGCAAUGCUUGCCUGCUACAUAUCUCAGAUGGAACCUAUGACAGUUGAAGAAGCUCUUGCAGACUCAGAUUGGAUCAAUGCUAUGCAAGAAGAGCUCACUCAGUUUGAGAGGAACAAAGUAUGGGAACUUGUUCCUAGGCCAAAGCACCAGAAUGUCAUUGGAACCAAAUGGGUAUUCAAGAACAAAGCAGAUGAAGACGGCAACAUUGUAAGGAACAAAGCAAGGCUAGUGACUAAAGGAUACUGUCAAGAAGAAGGAAUAGAUUUUGAUGAAACCUUUGCACCAGUUGCCAGACUUGAAGCCAUCAGAAUCUUUCUAGCCUAUGCUGCCUACAACAACAUCAAGGUCUACCAGAUGGAUGUCAAGAGUGCAUUUCUGAAUGGAGAUCUUGAAGAAGAGGUUUAUGUGGAACAACCACCAGGUUUUGUCACUCCUACUCAAUCUUCUUGUGUCUACAAGCUUAAAAAGGCCCUCUAUGGUCUUAAGCAAGCUCCCAGAGCCUGGUAUGACACAUUGUCCCUUUUCCUAGUGAACCAUGGGUUUACUAAAGGAAAGGUUGACAAAACUCUAUUUCAAAUCUCUGUUGCUAAUCAUAUUCUGUUAGUACAAAUAUAUGUUGAUGACAUUAUAUUUGGUAGUACUAAUCCAGAACUGUGCAAGAAAUUUUCUCAAGUGAUGCAGAGUCAAUUUGAAAUGAGUAUGAUGUGAGAACUCAGUUACUUCCUAGGACUUCAAGUCAAACAGGUUGCAGAAGGGAUCUUUAUCAAUCAAGGGAAGUACACCAGAGAUCUGAUCAAGAAGUUUGGAGUGGAAGGCAAAUCAUCAGUGAAGAUUCCCAUGAACACUUCACAAGGGAUUGGUCCAGAUGAUGAAGGAAAAGAUGUGGAUGCAACAACAUACAGAGGGAUCAUUGGAUCUCUGUUGUAUCUAACUGCAAGCAGACCAGAUAUCUCGUUCUCUGUUGGAAUCUGUGCCAGAUACCAAUCAAAGCCCAAGGAAAGCCAUCUAAGUGCUGCAAAGAGAAUCAUCAGAUACAUCAAAGGAAAUCCAAAUGCAGGCUUAUGGUAUCCCAAAGGAGGUAACUUUGAACUAAUUGGUUAUUCUGACUCAGAUUUUGCAGGUUGCAGACUAGACAGAAAGAGCACCUCUGGUCACUGCCAAUUGCUAGGAGGAAGGCUUGUUUCCUGGUUUAGCAAGAAGCAGAACUCCAUCUCAACAAGUACAGCUGAGGCUGAAUACAUUGCAGCUGGGAGUUGCUGUGCUCAGCUACUCUGGAUGAAGCAACAACUGAAGGACUAUGGAAUUCAAGCAAAGGAGAUCAAGCUGUUGUGUGACAACACUAGUGCCAUUGCUAUCACUCAGAAUCCAGUUCUUCACUCCAGGACAAAGCACAUUGAGAUCAGACAUCACUUCAUCAGAGAUCAUGUUGAAAAGAAGCAUAUCUGUAUGGAGCAUGUACCUACAGAAGAUCAACUUGCAGACAUUCUAACCAAGCCUUUACCUGAGGCAAGGUUUAACAAGCUUAGGGAAGAAUUGAGAAUGAUGGAUGAUCUUCCCAGAGAUGCAUGAACCAAAGAUUCACUGAACCAGAAUUGCCUUCUUCUGCACCAGAAACUCGGAUCAGAGAACCACUAUCUCUGAUCAUCAGAAUCUCACAUCAGAGAACCUCCCCUUCUCUGACCAGAGUUCCUCAACCGAAGACAACAGAUACGGAAGUGGACUUAACAAUAUUUCGAGGUACGGGCUAGACCUAAUUAAUUGAAACGGUCUUUUACCAAAAUACCCCUGAUCGUUACUCUUCUAACGGAAACGUUUCCGCCCGCAUUUCUUUAAAUGCUGCCUCGAAACUGCCAAUAUACCAAACGUCCACUAUUCCUAACUCCUUUAUAUCCACCGUCUUCGACCCAAAUCCCUACUGCAACUUCAUCUCUCUUAAACUGCUCUAGCAUUCAAAGCUUUCAAAUCCCAAAAACUUUCCAAUACCCAGAAAUUUUCCUAACCGUCACUCAAGAUGAACUUCCUGAGCAUCAACGACCUUUCUAAGGAAGAAGCAAAAACUCUCAUAGCCAAUGUUGUCUCCGGCAUGAAAGUUGACAUGUCCUCCCUACCCCUCCUGGCAGAAAAUCAAAAGAGGAUGACGAAGAUCAUCCAAGGGAUGACUGACUCACAACUUUCUAAGGUUGUUGCUCAUCCCUAUGAGCAUUUCAGCAUCAAAGAUGUGGCUGAGUUCUACCUCAACGCCACCAUCUCCAGGACCGGAGUUCACUCAUCCGUACAGGGUCAACGCAUCUUCUUGAAUGCAGAUGCACUGAAUGAGUUCUUUGGAGUUCAACUUGACUCCCAAGACCCAGAAUCCAGCAAUCUCAUUGCUCUUGACUCAGUGGAAGUCUCCACUGAAGGUUUUGUCCAGACUUACUGCCGUCCGGAGGCUGCCGGACUGGAUAAACUCUACAUGAAGAAAUUUCAACUCAAGAAGGACUAUGAGAAGCUUGUCACCAUUCUGCACCGUUGUUUGUGGUGCAAAACAGCCUCAACUGAUGAGAUGAACACAAGCAAUGCCAAGGCAAUCUUUGCAGUGCACCAUGGCAUGAAUAUCAACUGGGGAGAGGUAACUUUUGGCUCUAUAACUGACUUCAUCAAGAAGAAAGACUCUGAAACAGGUCUUUUCUCAACCAAGAUGGGACAUGGACUUCUUAUCUCUGCCAUCCUUGCUGCAAAAGGAGUUCAACUCAGGGAUCCUAUCCCAGUUGACCACACCAAGACCAUCUUCCUCACAGCCUCUCCAAAAUUCAACAUUGCCAUCUCUUCUGAACUUAGGAGAGAGGAAAGACUGGAAAAGAAAAGGGAAGAACAGGCUGCCAAGGCCAGACCUGCCAAGAAAGUUACCAAAACGCCCAAACAACCUGAGCAGUCACAGGUUGUAAGGGAGGUUAGACAGAAGAAGAAAAGUGACAAUCUGUCACUACCAGAGAAGGAAACAGCAGAAAAGGCUGCACCAGAGAUGCCCUCACCAAAGGCAACCAAGAAAUCUGCUGCCAGAAAACUGAAGCAGAAGAGGAGAAAAAAGAUGGUUGUGCUAAGUGGUGAUUCUGACAACUCUAGCACUAAACCAAGGCAGAAGAAGAGGAAGACUAAAGUAGUCUCACCUGCCAACGAUUCAGCAAUUCAGGGGGAACUUGCACCAGAAUCUCGCACUCUACCAGAAACUCACCAAGAUUCUGCACCAGAGUUGCCCAACUCUGCUCUCUCACCAGAGCGUGAAGCCUCACCAGAAAUAGACCAAGAAACAGACUUCAACAUCAUUCUGCAAAAGCAGUUUGACAGAGUUCUAGCUUGGAGAAGAUGGAGAAUGGGUCCUCUUCAACAAAUCAUCCAAUUCUUUGAUGCCUAUGAAGAAGAAGAAGCUGCUGUUCUUCACUGGGUAAGCACAGAUGAUGUGUCAAAAUGCUUCAACCUUACCUUUCUGAUAUCUGUGCUACAAAAGAAGAAAGACAGAUAUCAAGGUAAAGCUCCAACAUCUGACCUAUCUCCAGUAAGGCAUGUCAGAGCCUUGGAAGAAGAAGAAAUGGAAACUUUUGAUGCUUGGCUGAUGGAGAAGAAAAGGAAAGAAUCAAUGAUCAAAUUUCGCCAUAGUGCUCUUGAGGAAGGAGAGCCAUCCACUGCGAAUGACAUUGCUAUUACCAUGGAGCAGCUGAUCAAGGAGUGGAGAGAAUCUGUGUACUCUGAGAUUGUACUUGAGGUAAUUCCUACACCCCCUCCUUCCCCUCCCCAAUCUCCUAUUACUCUACCCUCACCCUCCAAAUCUCCAUCUAAACCUUCAUCCCCACCUCACCAGAAAACCCCUUCACCCCAACAGAAAACCUCACCCUCCACCAGAACCCCAUCUCACCAGAAACCCAACUCCAGCUCAUCUUCACCCAAACAAAAAAUUGCAUCUCCCUGCAGAGCAAUUGUCUCUUUCAGAAACCGUUCACCCUCACCUCCACCAUCCCCACCUCAACAGAAUGCCCCACUUACUCACUCUCCACCACAGCACCAGGACCCUUCACCAACAUCCAAGUCUGCCUCACCUCAGAGAUCCUCACAUCACUCUGCAGCAUCUACACCAAAGAAGAAGCCUAUCUUCAGGGUUCCCUCCUCAUCUAGUGACAAUGAUGGAUUCCUCACCUCCUCCAUUGCUGCUGAUGAAACCUCCAAAAGGAGAAGGACACCCCCCAGAGUUCCUUCCCCUCCACCAUCCAACAGAGCUCCUCCAUUACCAAAAGGCAGAGGAUUGGAAACGCCUGACUUCACACCUGAAGAAUCCAAAAUCCCCUUCACCCAGUUUGUGAAGUCUGCUGAAGCUUUUGGUGGAAUACUGGUUCAAGAUCUGAGCAAGAUUAUUGAAUUAAAUGACAAACAACAUGAAGAACUCACCCAUACCAAUCUGCAAAUCACCAUAGGUUUUCAACACCUGUCAGAUAAAGUUGCUGCUCUCACAGAGAAUCUGCACAACUUCAUGCAUUCCUCUACCUCGAGGAUUGAUUCUGUCUCCAGAGAUGUUAGUGGACUCAAUUCUGUUCUCCACUCUCACUCUCAAGCUCUGCUUGCCCAGAAUCAGACAAUCAACAGGAUCUCAGAAUCUGUUCACAAUCUUCAGAAAUCUGCUGAUAGUUCCUCCCAGAAACUCAACAUCUUACAUUCUCUCUGCAAGGAACAUCAAGAGCAAGGCCUAGCCCUUCUGAAAUCUGACAGAGAAAGGUACCAGAAGAUGGUGCUUCUAGAGGUCAGCACCAGAGAUCUCCAAUCUGCAGUAGACAAGCAACAAAGCCUGAUUGAAGGUCUUGCCUCUGUCACUCAGACACUGCCAGAAACCCUUGAUGAAAUCAGAGAUGCUCAAGCCUCUGAGUUUUCCAAGAUUGAACUUCUCCUUGGUGAUCUUUGUGAUGCCAAAAAGGGGGAAGAUACCAGAGAAGGAGAAGGCACCAGCACCAGAGCUCUUUCUAUCAGAGAACCCUCAUCCGUGGAUCCUACUCCUUACUUUGAUGCUACCAGAAAGAAAAGGCUAGCUGCUACAGGCACCAGACCUCCUCCUCCUCCUCCCAGAAGCUCAAAGAAAAAGCCUUCAUCCUUUUCAUUCACUGAUUGGAUGAAGAGUGGUCUGUCAAGGCCAGACAGAGUUCAGUUUGAACAAAUGAGAAAAUUGAUGACCCCUCUUCAAAGAGAGAAUCUGUUCAUGGACAAUGAUGGACUUGUCCAAAUCAACCACGGUGGUUCGAUAGAAGAAGCUGAGAUGUGGUACGGAAUGAAAAUUCUGAAUGGCAAGAAUUCUGCUGAAGCUGUCAGAAACUAUCUGGAUUGCAAACUUGCACCUCAUUGGGCUGACUAUCAGAAUCCUAGAGAUUUAGCCUCAAUCAGAGCGAAGGUGAAUGCUGAACUUGAAAGGAUUGACAGAGCAGGACCACAGGUGAAUACGAUAAGCAAGUUGGAGCCCAGGAUAAUGAGACAUCUGGAUAGGACUGUUGCAUGUGUUUUAUUUCAGUGUCAUGUUUAAAAUAAGUUGGAACAACCAAUACCGUUUUAAAGAUUCAUCAGGCUAAUGUAAUAAUUGGAGUUUUAUUUUAAGUUGCUAUGUAUAGUUAUCCUUUUCUUUGGUUUGCCACUGAACGCAAAUUAAAUCAAC